ACCCAAGUAAUAAUAAUGUAUUUUAUAAAAGUGUUACUGUUACAGGGGAUCAUAGAUAAUACAACUUGUACAGUAGAGGAAUUCAAUAAGUUUUGUCACCAAGCAGGAGACGUAAACUCCCACUGUUACACAGCAGGCUGUGCCAUCCGUAGCCUUAACUCAACCAAUCUGGUCCUGUACCUUCAGAUGUUUAAUCUAUUUGGGUUCUUCUGGGGAGUCUGGUUUGUGACUGGCCUUGCCCAAAUGAUUCUGGCAGGCACCUUCGCCACAUGGUAUUGGACAUUCCACAAACGAAACGUUCCAUUCUUCACUCUCUCACGGGCCAUCUUCCGGACACUUUGGUACCAUAUGGGAACUGUAGCAUUCGGCUCUCUUAUAAUAGCCAUUUGCAGUUUUAUUCGAGCUAUGAUCGAAUAUGCAGAAAAGAAAGUUAAAAAAUUUGAUAACGCUAUAACCAAAGCAAUAAUAUGCUGCUGUAAAUGCUUUUUUUGGUGCUUGGAAAAGUUCCUAUGUUUUAUAAACCGAAAUGCAUACAUUAUGUGUGCAAUUCAUGGGCAAAACUUUUGUACCUCAGCUAAGGAUGCAUUUCAACUUCUCAUGAGGAAUGUUAUCCGUGUUAUCUUUGUUGAUAAGGUGACAGAUUUCCUGUUUUUCCUGGGAAAAGUUCUAGUAACAGCAGUGCUGGUUGUCAUGUCGUAUCACGUGUUUACUGGUCAAGUGCGCCUACUAGACGACUCCGGCAGAGACGUUGUUCUUGUCUACCCUUGGCUGCCCAUGGCCAUUGUUGGGCUCAUGACUUACAUCAUAGUUUCCAUUUUCUUCUCAGUCUAUUCUGUUGCAGUAGAUACAUUGUUUCUCUGCUUUUUGGAGGACUGUGAAAGGAAUGAUGGUUCAGCAGAGAGACCCUACUUUAUGUCAAAACAAUUGAUGAAGAUCCUAGGAAAGAAGAACAAAAGAGUAUAGUAAAACUAGACUACAGGGUUGUUAUAUUGUAUACCAAAGCUAUAGUUACUACAUAGCAUCAUUUUGUACAGUUAAAAUGUUAUUGUAUAUGCUUAUCGAUAGUUUUGAUAAUUAAAGUUGUAUAUAAUAGAA